AAGCCAAAAUCCGCAACGUUACGGUUUGCGCCUCCCAAUAAUCCUCCUGCUCCGAGAACCGACAGAUAUCUGUCAUGGAGCAGAAUAAUGAAAAUCGGAGUAUUACGGUACUGUAUUGAACGGAACAUACGAUCGAUGCGGCGACGGAUCUCAGAUGGUUUCUGGGCAUCACGCCAGCAAUGCCUGAUUACUCUCCUCGCCAUCAAAACUUCCUCCAGUUCCAGAACUUCUUCGAUUCUCUCUCCGUCAUCAAAAAUAUAAAUCUUCGCUGCGUCCUCUGCUCCUUGGCUGAAGCAGUCUCGCCGGGCUGUACGUUGAUGAGUGAGCGGACUCCUCGUGAUGGAUGGAGGCUUCCUUCCCCAUCUGAGACGAGACGAUCCCAAACCGCCUCAUAUUUCCACAGUCUCAGUCUCAGUCUCCUUGUCCUCAUGCAAACCUCUCAGCAGUAAAAAACAAUGCCCCGAACCCAUGGAAUUCAAUUGUCCCCUUCUCAACACAAAACCUGUUUCCGCAGCCGCUACGGAUCCGCGCCGACGAGCUGGAGCGCAUGCACGCUCCUGCACUCCUGUCAAUCCCUCCUCCGCCCCAAACCCUCCAGGCUCCAACCAGCCCUCAAUUCGUGAACCCCGUGACUGUUCCCGCGCCCCGUGCUGCACCUCGAAAUUCCCAGGUACUGUACAUCCACAUCUACGUAGUACCUGCACUCCAACUCCUUUCCCCUUCCUGCCAUCACUUACCGUACCAGCCUCGCCGUAUGCACACGCAGCAGAGACCUUCACACCUUCCCAACCCCUGCCUCGCACCCGAUUCCUACUCCUCAUUCCUCAUUCCUCAACCCACAAAUCUCUCGCCAGCCACGCCACAACCAAGUCAAAGCAAAUCAAAUCAAAAAUCUCCCAGGGACCUCUUCCCUCCGCUCCGCCCCACUUCCGCCAUCCCCCAAUCAUCACAUAAUUUAAUCUCCGUAGUGUGGACCCUCCCCCGUC